ACCUGCGGGCGAAGGCGCUGACCAUGGGCGGCCGCAGGCAGGGGGGCGGCCGGACUGAGCCCUGCUGAGCCCGCGGGGCCGGCCAUGGGUGACCGCGAGCGCAACAAGAAGCGGCUGCUGGAGCUGCUGCGGGCGGCAGGCACUGGCAACGCGCACUGCGCCGACUGCGGGGCGGCAGAUCCCGACUGGGCCUCUUACAAGCUGGGCAUCUUCAUCUGUCUGAACUGCUCCGGAGUCCACCGCAACUUCCCAGACAUCAGCAAAGUGAAAUCUGUGAGACUUGACUUCUGGGACGACAGUAUUGUGGAGUUUAUGACCCACAAUGGGAACCUCCGAGUGAAGGCCAAGUAUGAAGCCAGAGUCCCUGCUUUCUACUAUAUCCCCCAGGCCAACGACUGCAUGGUCUUAAAGGAACAAUGGAUUCGAGCAAAGUAUGAGAGACAGGAGUUUAUGGCUGAGGGGAAAACAAUCUCACCCCCAGGUAACCGAGAAGGGUUCCUAUGGAAGCGGGGAAGGGACAACGCACAGUUCCUGAAAAGGAGGUUUGUGCUCCUGGCAAGAGAAGGCCUCCUGAAGUACUACACUAAAGAAGAGGGUAAAGAGCCCAAAGCUGUCAUCAGCAUCAAGGACUUGAAUGCCACCUUCCAGACAGAGAAGAUAGGGAACCCCCACGGGCUGCAGAUCACCUACCGAAGAGAGGGCCACGUCAGGAACCUGUUUGUGUAUCACGAGAGUGGGAAGGAGAUAGUGGACUGGUUCAAUACCCUCCGUGCAGCCCGUCUCCAAUACCUAAAAAUGGCCUUUCCUGAGCUCCCGGAGCCUGAGCUUGUGCCCCUCAUCACCAGGAACUACCUCAAGCAAGGCUUCAUGGAAAAGACUGGUCCAAAGCAGAGAGAGCCUUUCAAGAAAAGGUGGUUUGCCCUGGAUCCCCAGGAGCGGAGGCUGCUCUAUUACAAGAACCCGCUGGAUGCCUUUGAGCAGGGCCAGGUAUUUCUCGGGAGCGAUGAGCAGGGGUACCAGGUGUAUGAAGAUCUGCCUAAGGGCAUCCGAGGGAAUCGCUGGAAAGCCGGCAUCACCGUCGUCACCCCGCAGCGGAGAUUCAUCUUCACCUGCCCCAGCGAGAAGGAGCAACGCGAAUGGAUGGAGAGUUUUCGGGAUGUCCUCUCCCGCCCCUUGACACCCCUCAACCUCCUCACUGCAUCAACAGAGAGUGGCUACAGCAGCAGGUGACCCACUGGCCAGCCAGCGCACCUGGUGGGAAGGAGAAGUUUCCACCUUGGCCUUGGGGGCCCCGCAGGAGUGCCCCACAGUCGGCAGCUAUCACGGGCUGUGAACUCUGCCAAGACCGAAGCUUUGGCCUUUAUCUGCCGGCUCUCUGGGCUUCCCUGCUACCCAGCUCUGGGGGUCUGAGGAUCUGGUAAAUGUCCUCAGGGCCCAGGACAUCUGAAAUGAAGGCACUGCAAUGGAAA